CAUACAUUGUAAACUAUCCAUGCAUUUAUUUUGUUACAUUUUCAUCUUGAUUUCAGUACCUGUGCUAUUAUGAAGCUAAGGCCGUCAUCCAGGAGUGUAAAAAUACCUAACUUAAGCUGCUUAUGUGGCCCUCUUGACCAUCUCUCUAAGUUCACUUCCCUCCUCCCUGUGGAACAUGUUCCCUGUCUUCUCCCAUUUAUCCAGUAUGUUAUAUCACCCUAAAAUAAAAUGAGCUUUACACCUAAACACAAAAAAUGUUACCGCCGAGACGGUAAAAGCAACAUUUCCCAUCGACAAUGGCAGUCUUAAAAGUGACAUUUACGAAGACAAACAGAGACAAACUGGCCCAGGUUUUAUGGGUCCUGAACUGGGUGUCUGUGGUAACUGGAGUCACGCUCUUCAGCCUGGGCCUGUUCUUAAAGGUGGAGAUCGUGAAGAGACGGGAGCUGAUGUCAAAAGAGAUUGUGUCAGUGCCAAACAUGCUUAUCUGUGUUGGCACGACUGCCUGUGCGAUCAACUUCCUAGGGGGAAAGAUCUGCUAUGACUGUGUGGACACUACCAAGUUCCUGCGAUGGAAGCUGCUGAUGCUGCCUUACAUCAUAUGUACCUUUUUCUUUACAUUUUGUAUCCUCGUGGGAGCAUUGAUGUGCUAUAGCAUGCGUAACGAUCUGGAGGAGUCACUGUUUUUGGGCUUGCGUGACGCCAUGCGCUACUAUAAAGAUACGGACAUGCCAGGCCGCUGCUACAUCAAGCGCACAAUGGACAUGCUGCAAAUGCAGUUUCAGUGCUGUGGCAACGGAGGCUAUCGAGACUGGUUUCACAUUCAGUGUAUCAGCAACCGCUACCUGGAUAUGACUGAUAGCGAAGUUGUGGAGCGACUGCGGAGUAAUGUGGAGGGGAAGUAUCUGAUCGACGGAGUGCCAUUUAGCUGCUGUGGCCUGCAUUCUCCUCGGCCCUGCAUCCAGCAUCAAAUCACUAACAACUCAGCACACUAUAAUUACGACUACCAGAAGGAGGAGCUGAACCUGAACUGGAGGGGCUGCAGACAAGCCCUGCUGGAGCACUACACACAGAUAAUGCAGUCCAUUGGCUUAAUCGUUCUCAUCAUCUGGCUUUUUGAGGUGUCAGUGUUGACAGGAGUGUGUUAUCUUCAGACAGCCAUGGAGAAUGUGCUGAGGUUAGGAGACCCUGACUCUGAGUCUGACGGCUGGCUUCUGGAGAACAGCAUUGCGGACACUGCACGUUAUAACUUCAACAUCAUCAAGAACCUGGGAAAGUGCUACCAGGUAGAUGACGAUCCCAACAUAGAUGUACCAAGCACCAGCCAGCAAGCACAAGAGAAUGUGCCUGCAAGCCAAAGGAUGCUUAACUUUUGUGCACAAGAACUGUUCCAAACCAAAUCCCCUGAACUAAAGAGAUUGUUCUGCAUUUAUCUUGGAGUCACCGAGCCACCCAUCCGAUUAACAGCGUCUUCUCCAUCUUGGAUUAAAAACAAAUAUACUAGCCUACUCUACCAACUAGCCUUCUGCUAG